AUGUCCUCAAUCCAAGAAGAUCUCGAUUUCGAGAAACUUCCCGUCUCGCCUUCAGAACUCUCACAUGCUGCAACCGAAUUUGACAAGGAAUUCGCUCCCAUCGUAAUUUCACCUCCAGAUACACUCAUUCCAACAUGGGACAAAAAACUAAGUCGAUCCAUUUCACUAGCAAGAAGGCGUUCUUCCAACGGAUAUGGUUGCGAUGAUCCAGAAAAUCCUGCGGGGGAGUUUGAAGGAGAAGGGGAUGAAGCGAGAGAUCCUUUCGAGGUGAAGUUUGAUGGUGGCGAUAGUGAUCCCAGGUGUCCGAGAAGUAUGGCUCAUGGAAGAAAGUGGUUGGUGGUUAUUAUUGUGAGCGCAAGCUCGUUUUGUGUUACAUGUGCGUCAUCAAUGUAUACCAGUACUUACGCCCAGAUAGAGGAAGAAUUCCACUGCUCUCGAGAAGUCGCUACCCUUGGACUUUCUAUGUUUAUCCUUGGACUUGGCCUGGGACCAAUGUUACUCGGACCUCUUUCUGAAUUUUAUGGUCGUCGUCCGAUAUAUCUUUGCUCCUUUUCUUUCUUCUUAAUAUGGCUGGUUCCUUCGGCUGUGGCGCAAAAUAUUCAGACGAUGCUCGUAGCGAGAUUCUUUGCUGGUCUUUCCGGAAGUGCUUUCCUGUCCGUCGCAGGAGGCACAGUGGGAGAUUUAUUUAAUCGAGAACAACUUCAAGGUCCUAUGCUACUCUAUACAGCAUCGCCAUUCAUCGGUCCCUCAUUUGGUCCACUGAUCUCGGGAUUCAUUAACCAAUUCACGUCAUGGCGUUGGACAUUCUACGUUCUGAUCAUCUGGUCAGCGUGCAACUUAACAUUGAUCUUUUCUCUCGUCCCAGAAACUUAUCAUCCGGUUGUCUUGAAGGCCAAAGCUCGCAAGAUUCGAAAAGAAACUGGCGAUGAUCGUUGGUUUGCACCUAAUGAGAGACUCAACAAGUCUAUUCCGAAGACCAUUGGCUAUUCCCUACUCAGACCCGGUCAAUUAUUAAUCUUUGAGCCCAUGUGUCUCAACCUUUGCAUAUUUUCGGCCAUCUUGCUCGGUAUCCUCUACCUAUUCUUUGGCGCCUUUCCUCUCGUCUUUGAGGGGAACCACGGAUUCCAACAAUACCAAGUUGGAUUGACCUUCCUCGGUCUAUUCAUCGGAAUGCUAAUCGCAGCGGCUACUGACCCGUUCUGGCAUAAGAACUAUGUACGACUGAUCAAGCAGAGAGAAGAAAUGACGGGUGAAAUUGGUGGAUCCGAACCCGAAUAUCGUCUACCUCCAGCGAUUCUAGGAGCCUGUCUCGUUCCUAUCGGUUUAUUUCUCUUUGCAUGGACAACAUAUUCAUCUGUUCAUUGGAUUUUCCCAAUCAUUGGAUCUGGUAUUUUCGGAAUGGGAACCAUUCUAGUCUUUACUGGCAUCUUUACAUUCCUGGUUGAUGCAUAUCCAUUGUAUGCAGCCAGCGCCCUAGCAGCGAAUAGUUUCACGAGAAGUAGUUUCGGAGCUAUCUUUCCGCUCUUUGGGAUCCAAAUGUAUCACAAGCUCGGCGAUCAAUGGGCAACCACUCUCCUGGCGUUUUUGACGCUGGUCAUGACGCCUUUCCCCUACCUCUUCUUUAAAUACGGGAAGAAGAUCAGGGGUCAUAGUCGUUUUGCUACCGCGUGA